AUGGCAUUGGCCACUUGCCAAAACUUCGCUGAGCCCCUACUUUUGAACUUGGGGUACCACAACCUGAGUUCAGGCGGAUCUGCUGCCCCAGCAUGGGGUAUUGAGGUUGAGAUUGGUACGCCGCCACAGCGAUUUUCACUUCGGCCCUCAAUCUACGAUGUCACAAUUUUGUCAUAUGAGACCCAUUGCUCUUCGCAAAAUGACUACGGAUGUCUAGCUGCACAAGGUGGAGUAUUUGAUCCAGAAUUGUCAAGCACUGAGAGCGUAUCAGUCGGCACAGCCUGGAACGGCACACUUGGUGGGGAGGCCAACGCGGCGGACCUCUCAUACUACUUUUUCUACAAUGAUGUCCUUAGAUUUGGGUACAACGAAACUGUGGUUUGGGGGUUUCCCUUUGUGACUGAUGAUGGACAAGAAUGGGCAUCUUAUAGUACCCUUGGUCUUGGCUCGAACUCAAGUUUUCUUCAAGCUGCAGUCGAGAGCGAAGCUGCACCAUCCAAGUCGUGGGGCCUCUGGGUUGGAAGUCGUGCGAUUGGGAAUGAGCAAGAUGGAGACUUGGUGAUUGGAGGUUACAACGAUGCCCGAAAAGCAACCGAAUUCUCUACCUUUGACAACAUUCCCGAAUGCGUGACUUGCGUCCAGAUACAGAAUAUGGUCUGGGUCUCGGAUGCGGGAGUUAUCCCUUUGAUGGAUAACAACAUCACAGAUUUUCAAGUCUCUCUCAAUCCAAUGCUCGGCUUUAUUGAGUUUCCGCAAAUCCCUUGGGACCUAUUUGGCGCCGCCACAAACGGCUUCUAUGACGAAAAUCUGGGCACGUACACAUAUGCCACAUCACCAGUUGGAAGUCUCAACUUCACUAUCAAGGAUGGCUAUAGCACGUCGAUCCCCGCCAGUGAGCUAUUCCAGUUUCAGUACGACUACGACGAUUACGGAAAUAGAGUCAUCGCUGAUGACCCAGAGAUAGUCGCACUCGCAAAGAACUAUUCUAACGAAAACAGUGAUGAGGGCAACUACGUUUUCAGCUGGGGAAUCCCUUUCCUCACAAUGAAUUAUCUCGUUCUGGACGUCGAGGAGCAGCAAUUCCGGCUGUCCGAGGCCAUCCGUCAGGACUUUGGAGACGAAGGCGGAGUAAUGCCUAGGAAAUUAUGCAGCGGCGCUCCCCCAAUCGACCUGGGAUCUUCUGGAGGAACCAACAUCGGUGCAAUUGUGGGAGGAGUUGUCGGAGGGGUUGUCUUUUUGCUGAUCCUAGCUCUGGCAAUCUUCUUCUGCUACCGCCGCCGGAACAGAAAAAACCGCAACAAAGAGGCCACAGCCCAGAACAGUGCCGCGAAGGGCCAACACUAUCAACCUGUUCCGCCAACCGGACCACACUUCUAUCCGCCUUCCAGUCCUGUGAUGUACCAGAGGCCCCCUGUAGGAAACUAUCCUGCACAGGCACCAAUGGGUUACACGUGUCAACCUGCUGCCGGAUAUGCUCCCAUGACCCAAUACGAGGGCCCCAAACCUCACCAGGGAUUGCAUCCAAUGUAUACGUCCCCAGCCUCGCCCCCCGCACCAUCGACGUCAGUUGUAUAUUCCGACACAGCCAGCACUGCUGUCCAGGAACUCCCUUCCACCGACAGCAACGCAGGGGAAUGGCGAGGUUCCCAGUUCAGCAGCGACACAAACGCGACUAAGGGAUUCUCGGAGAUUCUCACCACGGAGGCUCCGCACAGGUAG